AUCGCGCCGCCGGCGUGCAAGAUGGCGGUGAAGAAAGACAAGAAGCCUAAGAAGUCAACCUGGAAGUUUAAUUUGGACCUUACUCAUCCAGUAGAAGAUGGAAUUUUUGAUUCUGGAAAUUUUGAACAGUUUCUACGGGAGAAGGUUAAAGUGAAUGGAAAAACUGGAAAUCUUGGGAAUGUCGUUCACGUUGAACGCUUCAAGAAUAAAAUCACAGUUGUUUCUGAGAAACAGUUCUCUAAAAGGUAUUUGAAACACCUUCCCAAGAAAUACCUUCAAAAGAACAAUCUUCGUGAUUGGCUCCAUGUGGUCGCAUCCGACAAGGAGACUGAUGAACUUCGUUACUUCCAGAUUAGUCAAGAUGAAGAUGGAUCCGAGUCUGAGGACUAG